UGCUGUGAAUAUGGUCUAAUUCCUGAUUUUACAGGCAAAUCAUUAUAAUCUCAUCUGUGAGAUUACAUGUUUUCUUUUUUGUCCAUGCAGAAAGUACUUCCUUGGAUGAAGACAGUCUUCCCUAUGCUGGGAUGCUACCAGUAGAUAAAAGGCUUCUAUGCUUACAGAUCUACAAACUUCUUCAAUGCAUUCACGAGAAAGACAAGAAGCAAAUAGAAAAUCUGCUCCAGAAAGGAUUCCCAGAUCUCAUAAACUACACAGACCCUAAGAAAGGAUAUAGUGCCUUUCACUUGGCCGCCAUGAAAAAUGACAUUGAAAUGUGCCGCUUCCUGCUGGAACAUGGAGCCCGUCCGAACGUGCACGACAAAAUGGGACGCACUCCAGCCAUGAAGGCAGCUGAGCUGGGCCAUGAGGUGAUUUUGGAAUUACUAGCAAAAGCUAAUGCAGAUAUGACUGCUGUGGAUAACGAAGGGAAAGGUAUUUUGUUUUACUGCCUUUCACCUACAGGACGCCACACCCACUGCUUGCAAAUUGCCUUGGAAUAUGGUGCAGAUGUCAACAACUGUACUACUACAGGGAGGUCUGUGCUUCUAGAAGCCUGUGAGCAAGCUCAAAAGGUUAAAAAAAUGUGCUUGAUUUUUUUGGAGAAAGGAGCAGAUCCCAAUGCAAGAGACCCGGCCACGGGGCGCACGGCCGUGAUGGAAGCUGCCCGGGAAGGCGCUGCCGAGGUGGUUCAGGAUCUGCUUCGGAGGGGAGCCGAUGUGAACCUCUUUGACUUCGAAAGGCACAGCGCCGCACAUUUCGCAGCCAAAGGAGGCUUUUUAGAGAUUCUGACGAUUAUUUCAGGUUAUAAUGCAGACUUGAAAUUGAUUGCUAUGAAUGGUAACAGUCCACUUCAUUACGCUGCGGAGGGAGGAUUUGCAGAUUGCUGCAGGUAUAUAGGACAAAGAGGCUGUGAUCCUACAUGGUCAAACUUGGCAAAUCUGACCCCGAGGGAGCUUGCCAAGCUCGGCGGGUUUAAAGCAGCAGCAGCAGUAUUACGCAAAGCUGAGAAAGCCUCUAAAAAAAAACCAGAUGAGAUCCUUGCCUGGUACCUGAAGGUGUACGACUGGUCCUUGCAGCACGAGGAUGCCAUCCGCAAGGAGUUUGAGACUGAGGAAGAAGAAGAAGAUGGGAUAGUAUCCAGGAGUGAUUUUAUUUCAGUUAUUCGGAAGCACUGGGGCACCGUGGACGAGGAACAAAUAGAAAUUCUUGCUAAAAAGCAUGAAGUAUCUGCUGACAGGAUCAGACUUGAUGAUUUUUUUAAAGGCUCAAAGUACUUGCAGAAAACCUUUCUGCUAUCAUCCUUUGGGCCCAAAGGAAAGAAGAAGAAGAAGAAACCACAGAGAAAAAAAGGCAAGAAAGGCCUCCCUGUGCCGAUUUGUGUAAUCCCAAAGAGCGAACGUCCUCUGAGGGAAGAUGGCAUCCCUACCUACAUGGUUGAGGCUGUCCCACACAUUCCUGAAGAGCAGCUCUUCAAACGGGAGCACCAAGCCACCCAUCCCAUGCUCGAUGACCGUGUCUGGUACGUAGAGGAGCCAAGGAAAACCCUCAUGGAUAUCAACUACCUUGUCAAAGAAAGAGACUUUGUGUCUCUGCAGAAAGCCUUCGACGCGGGUGUGCCAGUAGACAUAAAAGAUAGAUAUUACAAAACACCUUUGAUGGUCGCAUGUGCAGGUGGCAACAUAGUUCUUGUGGAGUUUCUUCUGGAAAAGGGGGCUGAUGUCAAUGCAACAGACAACUUCCUGUGGACUCCUCUGCACCAUGCUUGCUAUAAUGGGCACCUGGAUAUUGCUGAGCUGCUGGUGAAUGCUGGAGCAUCUGUGAAUGCCCCUGCAAUAGGCAAUGCCACCCCGCUGAUGAGAGCCAUUGAGGCCUGCAGGCUGGACAUGGUCUACUUCUUAAUCACUGCAGGUGCUGAUGUGGAAGCUACAAACAGCAAUGGAAGAAGUGUUCUUGAUCUUGCUGAAGUAUUUCAAAAUGCUAAAAUAAUUGAACUGCUUGAAAAUCAACUGCAAAUUUUGGCAGAAGAACGAGAAAAAGAAGAAGCAAUGCAACAAAAAGGUGGGAAGCCAAAACCAGCAGAGCCAGCAAAAUCUGUGAAAGAAGAGGUAUGAGAGAUGGUGCCACAACUGCUCUUGCUCCUGUGCAGGGCUGAUGUCAAUGCAACAGACAACUUCCUGUGGACUCCUCUGCACCAUGCUUGCUAUAAUGGGCACCUGGAUAUUGCUGAGCUGCUGGUGAAUGCUGGAGCAUCUGUGAAUGCCCCUGCAAUAGGCAAUGCCACCCCGCUGAUGAGAGCCAUUGAGGCCUGCAGGCUGGACAUGGUCUACUUCUUAAUCACUGCAGGUGCUGAUGUGGAAGCUACAAACAGCAAUGGAAGAAGUGUUCUUGAUCUUGCUGAAGUAUUUCAAAAUGCUAAAAUAAUUGAACUGCUUGAAAAUCAACUGCAAAUUUUGGCAGAAGAACGAGAAAAAGAAGAAGCAAUGCAACAAAAAGGUGGGAAGCCAAAACCAGCAGAGCCAGCAAAAUCUGUGAAAGAAGAGUCUGAAGCUGUAUCUGAGCCACCUGAGGAAAUCCCUGUUCCUGAAAAGACAAAGCGUUCCCGUAAGGACAGUUCUGCUUACUGGAAAUCUUUGGCACCGAGAGAAAACAAAAAUGACAUCUCCUUCAGGCCCAGAAAAAUAUGGACCCCUGAUGCCACAGCAAUACAGCUUGCAGAAAAGCAAGAAUCAGUCCGUGAACACGCUAGUCUUUAUGGUUACAUGGAAGAUUUUACAACCCUCUUCAAUAGAAAAUUUGAGACAUAAGCACAGCAUCUGGGAGAAGCUACUUCAGCACAUAUUUCGAGGAGACAAAGAUGUAAAAUGUUACU